UAUACUGUCCUUGUAAAAGAUGGGGAUAUUUGCAUACGUGAAAUUGUGAUAUAUGCAUGUGGAAUAAAAUAAUUAUGAAAUAAAGUAAAAUGUUAGAAGAUUCUGCUGACGCGACCACAAGUGAAGCCGAUAUCAGCAAACGGAACGAUAACGCAGCUAUUCAGCACACGCCGAAGGCGGGCGGGAUUUUCGCGUGCUCUUUCUGUACCUUGAAAGAACAUUACGACUACAAGGGCUCGAAGCCGCCGUUCGCACGGCAGCUGGUUUACUCGGAAGAAUGUUACAUCAUGAAAGAUCCAUUCAGUUUACCCAACAGGGGUGAAGUUUUGGUCCUCGGCGGCGAUUGUAGCACGUGCGGGCACGCGGUGUGCUUAAGCUGCGGUAUAUUUUACGCGAAACGGUUUUGCCCGAAGUGCGCGUUCGGUAUCAUGCGGAACUUACCGAUCCAAUUGCACGGCAAGAUCAACAAUUUGUUAACGAAACAAGCGGAUUAUUAAAGAUCACAUAACACGUCGUUGAAUAUGGCGAUAUUGUUGUAAUUUAUUACACUGCAUCAGCAGUACAUAUUACGUACUAUAUAUCAACAAUAAAAAGGUGAACUUAUUAGAAUUCGCUUAUAUGCAUUAAGUGCAACAGUUCAUACUUGACGGAAAUAGACCAUCUCCUGUCGGAAAUUGAAUAUCAUAUUCUUUAUAACCGCGUAUCAAUGUAUUCGUUAUCUUAAAUAAACAUGAAAUAAAGUACGAUUUCAAGUUU